CACCAACUCUCUGUCCAAAGUCACAUUAUUCGUCUUUCACCAUCAACAUUCAAGUUUUCAAACAUGUCGCAACUCUCCAACUACCGUCUCCUCAGCUUCGAUGUCUAUGGCACUCUAGUCGACUGGGAAGGUGGCAUCCUGGCCGCCUUCCAACCCAGUCUCGACAAAGCCAACGCCCACUUCACCCGCGAACACCUCCUCACUGUCUACCAUGACUUGGAGCGCGCGCAACAAGCACAGACCCCCGACAUGCCGUACUCGCAACUCCUCGCCACCAUCCAUCCUCAGUGGACCGAGCGCCUCGGGCUGCCUCAACCGUCAGAAGAGGAAAGCCGCCAGUUUGGAGAAUCCAUCGGCAACUGGCCCGCCUUCCCGGACACCGUCGACGCGUUAAAGCGACUGGCCCAGAGGUACAAGCUGGUGGUGCUGUCCAACGUCGAUCGCGCUUCCUUUGCCAAAACCAAUGCUGGCAGCUUGCAGGGAUUUCCCUUUGAUCUCAUCAUCACUGCACAAGAUGUGGGCUCUUACAAGCCGGAUCUCCGAAACUUUGAAUAUCUGCUCAAGGCAGUCAAGGAGCAGUUCGACAUUGAGCCGGCGCAGGUACUGCAGACGGCGCAAAGCCAGUUCCAUGACCACCACCCGGCACGCAAGAUGGGGUUGAAGUCCGCGUGGAUUGAGCGGCCAGGGGCAACAAUGGGGAAUCUGUCGGAGACCGUCUAUGACUGGCGGUUUGAUACCUUGGGGGAGAUGGCUGAUGCGGUUGAGAAGGGACUGUAGACUAGCGCGUUCGCCAUGUUCGAUGUUCAAGGAUCUUUCAUGAACUAUAUAAUAGAACGAAAUAGGAUUUUCCAAUGAGCGUCAUGUCCACAGA